AUGCAAGAACUAAAUCGUUUUGUCCAUUUCUACACUCGAUUCAAAAACCAUGAAAAUAGUUACAAGCUUGAAGAACCCCUCCUGAGAACUGCUAAGGAAAAAAUGAUGAAGCUAGCUGAAGCUAUCAUAGAUCAUGCGUCUGCCAAAUCAGAAACAAAGUUUGUGGAAGAUGCCGUCCAUCAACUGCUGAAGGCAAGAUGUGUGCUGAAGUGUUCCUAUGUGUAUGCCUACUACCUUGAUGGACCUGGUUAUAAGAAAAUUGUCUUCGAAUGUAUGCAGACUGAGUUAGAAGAAUCAACAGAAAUUCUAUCCCAGAUAGUUAACCGACUAUAUCUGCGUACACCUCGUAAGAAGAUUAUCGAACAGGCCCACAUUGUUCAGCGUAAAAGGCAUGAGUUUAUUGCUGCCAUAGCCAAGGGCUUAGUUCCACCCGAAACUCCUCCUGCCAUGAGAAAACGCAAGCGACGAAAAUGCAGUCUGGAUCUUGAAGAUGAAGAGUUGCGUAAGGCGAUUUUGGCCUCAAUCCAGGAAGUGGACCCUGCUAAUCCAUGGAUCAAGGAUGCUUCUGGACGACACACAAAUGUCCUUGCUGUUUUGGAUUGGCCAGACUCGGACAGUGACAGUUCAGAAGCUGAGACCACUGGGACAUCCUUGAAAUCUGGAGAUGGACUUCCAGAAGUCUUCUUAGAUGAACAGAUGGAAUUACUCAGAGCUCUUGAAAUGUCUCGUCUUCAGUAUAUGCGUGAGACUGGCCUCAUCAACAUUCCAAGGCCAAAUUCCAUGAGUGACAGCAGUUCUAUUGACCACCACGAGAGUGUCCAUGCCAGCACUGGAUCUCCCAGAGGACUUGCUGAAUCCCAGGCAGGCAGCUUGCCUGAACAGAUAGCCACAACAACUCGAACCAAUCAAAAAGAUAAGGUGACAACACCAGAGGAAUUGGAUCAUCACAUGCAGACUAUGUUAUCUUCAUUACAGCUUAAAGAUGGUCUCAACACGAAGACAGCUUUCCACGAAGUAGAUUCUGCUGGUAAUUUACCUGUCUGGAGAAAGCGCGAUUCUCUUACUCAAAGAGAUAUCUCACCAAUGUCCGCUGUCUCCAGCAUGGUCCUUAAUGUCAGCGACAAUCAGAAUUUAAUAUCUUCUACGCGAACAGUAGCAACAGGUGGGCUGAUAUCCAACUCAGGGAAUGAUGAUUUGGAACAACUGGGAGCCUAUGCUGGAGCCAGAGCUGAUGUUAAGAUGUCCACAGCAGCUGUAGCUGCCCCAUAUAUUGACACUGAAGAUGCUGGUACUAGUGUUGGUGCUGAAGCCCUACCAGAAUCGAACCCCCUAACGCCUAACGAGUCCCAAACCUGCUAUUUUCAAUCUGUAAGAGAAGCUAUGGACUUUCUGGACAAACAUGACCAGGAAUGUCUGUCUUUGUUUGAGCUUUCUCAAAACCUGCUGCAAAUGACUGCUGAAAUGCAGGCUUCACUGCCACCCACUACUGAUGAUCAGCAAGAAAAUAUCAUGACUGAUGGGUCCCAGCCUAAACCUGGGGCUACUGCCAGGCCAACAUCUUUGUCCAAUGAUACUGACCACCAACAUCACAGGGAUCGUGGCACUUCCUGUAACUCCAGCUCAAGUGACCAGGCUGAGGUGGAAACUUUGUUUUUCAGUGAGGACGAAGAUGAGAACGAAGCGAUUUAUGAUGAUGACAGUGGGGAACUGGUCUCGCCAGACAGCCAACUAAACUAUAGCACUACACCCAGUGUUACAGAAGAGGAGGAAGAAGAAGGAAAGGAGGAAGAAGAGAAAGAGGAGCAAGAUAGGACAGAAACAAAACAUUCAGUGGGUAGUUCUGGUCAAUCGUUUUUUGUCUAA